AUGGCACCAAUACAUCUGCGGUUCUACGCCAUCGUAGAAUCUCCUCAUGCGGACUGGAAAAUCUCAAACAUUCGCCAAGCUUUAUUGGAGAGAGCUGCAGCCUCAGUACACAUUAUGGCUGAAUAUUGUUUCCAUGUUAUUCUCAAGGAUGGCACAGACCCAAUCGAGUUUGAGCGAUCCGAGUUGGAGAAAUUAGAGUGGCUAUUGUCACCCAACCCUUUUGAAGGCUGUCUGACGCGUGAUUCUCAGCUGAGCGGAACGACCAAAGAGAUCGGACCUAGGCUUACGUUCAAGACCCCAUUUUGUACCAAUGCUCUAUCGGCACUGGCAGCUGCUGGCAUUGACCAAGUGAGCAGACUAGAAAGAACCAUUAGAUACCAGUUCAAUGGAUUUGUGCCAGAUGACGAAACGCUGCUGGAGAUCGCCGGCGAUCGAAUGACUGAGUGUAUUUAUCCAGAAGACGUUGAAUUCUCUCCCGUUAAAUGUCGAGAAAACUUCUUUGAAAUUGAUGUAUUAGGUGAUCCUGCCAAUUUGGACAAGGCCAACAAAGAACUUGGUCUUGCUUUCGACGAGCACGACUUGUUUUACUACAAGGAUUUAUUUCUGAACAAGCUAAACAGAAAUCCGACAGAUGUUGAGCUAUUCGACUUGGCGCAAUCUGAUUCGGAGCAUUCUCGUCAUUGGUUCUUCCGUGGGAACUUGUUAGUUGAUGGAGAAGAACGCAAAGAGUCACUGAUGGACUCAAUCACGAAGACCCAGACACAUUCGAAUCCCAACAAUGUCAUCGCUUUUUGUGACAACUCAAGUGCAAUAAACGGCUUUGAAACCGUUCCUUUGCUCCAACCAGAAGAUCCCACGGAAUGUUCACACAUGGAGCUUCGUCACGAGAAGCGCCACAUCACGUAUUCAGCUGAAACUCACAAUUUUCCAACUGCAGUUUGUCCUUUCCAGGGAGCGACUACAGGUACUGGGGGACGCAUACGUGAUACACAUGCGACUGGAAAAGGAUCUCAUGAAAUCGCUGGAGUGGCCGGAUAUUCAUUUGGCAAUCUCAAUCUGUCAAAUUAUACCAUGCCUUGGGAAGAUCCGACUGACGAGUAUCCAUACGGUUUCAGUCGUCCUAGUGCUAUAGCAAUAGAAGCCUCAAAUGGUGCCUCCGAUUACGGUAACAAAUUUGGUGAGCCUGUAAUUUGUGGAUUCGCUCGUUCAUUUGGGCAGCGAUUAGCUAAUGGAGAACGAUGUGAAUACGUCAAACCGAUAAUGUUUUCUGGUGGGAUAGGAGCUAUAGAUGAGGAGCAGUUGUACAAAGAAAAAUCGCGUGAAGGUAUGCAUCUGGCCAAAAUUGGUGGUCCAGUCUACAGAGUUGGCGUCGGCGGUGGUGCCGCUUCCUCACAAUCAGUGCAAGGCUCUCGCGAAUCUACCCUGGAUUUCUGUGCCGUACAACGUGGAGAUGCUGAAAUGGGACAGAAAUUGCAUCGUGUGGUAAGAGCCUGUGCCGAAAUGGGCUCGAAAAACCCUAUUAAGGCUAUCCAUGAUCAGGGAGCAGGAGGAAAUGGAAAUGUCCUCAAAGAAUUGGUUGAAGACGGGGGAGCUAUCAUCAAUGCAUCAAGUUUCGAACUCGGUGACGACACGAUUUCAGCUCGAGAGUUGUGGACAGCUGAGUAUCAGGAGAAUGACGCCUGUCUCGUCGAAUCCAACGCACUUCCAGUGAUGAUGAAAAUCUCGCGUCGAGAGAAGUGCACGGUCUCUGUUGUCGGCACUGUCACAGACGAGAAACGGGUAGUUCUCAAGGAUUUCAACGAUGAUGGAAAUAAUCGUAAUCCUGUUGAUCUCGAUACUAAAAUUCUGGGCGAAAGGCCAAAAAAGGAAUUUCACCUGGAAACAACCCCUGGUAAUCUUAGGAGACUUGAAUUACCCGCGGGUUUGACGGUCAGACAAGCUUUAGAAAUGGUCCUUCGACUACCUUCAGUGGCGAGCAAAAGGUAA